AUGAGCUGGUCUGGAGGAGAUUGGAUGUGUGGUGCAUGCCAGCACAUAAAUUUCAAGAAGAGGGAGGUAUGCCAAAAUUGUGGGUAUCCCAAAAAUGGGGGCCCUGACCCUUCAAACUACAAAUACAACAGGACUGAAGUGUUGGCAGGGGACUGGUUUUGCACCGCUAUCAACUGUGGAGCUCACAAUUAUGCCAGCAGAUCAGGCUGCUAUAAAUGUGGUGCAUUCAAAGAUUAUUACUCUUCAGGAUAUGUAGGAAACAUGACAGACUCUGGAGGAUAUGGAUCUCACAAUUUCCCACCAGGAUGGAAAACUGGAGAUUGGAUUUGCCCAAGAAUUGGCUGUGGAGUGCAUAAUUAUGCUAGCAGGACAGAAUGCUUCAGAUGCAAAAUGCCAAGGGAUUUAGGUGAGAAUAGUUAA